CUGACGUAUGAUACACACUACUACUGCACUCUACACCACUUCCUUGCGGCUCCUUCAUACACAGUUACACUGGAUAGCCAAAUCACGGUUUACGUUUACCUCAUAACUAUCAAACAUUCCGCUUGCCGGCUUGUACACUAACGCUACGAAAAUCGAACGCUACGAAAGCUGUGAGGGCGCUAUAUGGGCAACUUGCGUGGUGGGUCAGGUCACUCUUAAAGCCUGAGUCCUGGUCUUGCCAGCCUCAGUCCACCCUUAUGCCUGUCAAGCAUCGCAUUGGCGGCAAGGAAUGAACCUGUAGAGCACUUUCACACUAGACAGUAACCGAGUGGAGAACUUCGGCUUCUCUCGACACUCCGGACUAUCACAGCAUGGCGAGUGUUGUUCCCGUAGUACUUCAACGACACUUUCGUCGGGUUAGUUCUUCCCAGCAGGCGGUUCAGAGGAGGCACCGAGCUUCCCUCGCCGCCACAUUGGAGGAUCUUAAGACACCUGUAGGAGAGCAAGCUCCAUCAGCCACUCCUCGGCCUGUAGUCCCUACGAAAGUUAAGACUUACGAGGAGAUCCCAACACCCCGAGGAUAUCCUCUCCUGGGGACACUACCCAGCUUCCUGGCGGCGGGGGGAGUGCAGUACCACCACAGAUACAUCUCCCAGCGCCACCGGGAACUGGGAGGCAUCUUCAGGGAGACUUUGGGAGGAUCUGAGAUGGUGUUCGUGAGUGAUCCUGCCACUGUGAGACAGGUCUUCGCAGCCGAGGGCCCUUACCCACGACACUUCAUCCCGGAGGCUUGGCUCCUCUACAACCAUGACCGUCAGGCCAAGAGGGGACUCUUUUUCAUGGACGGGGAGGAAUGGAAAGAGAACAGACGUGUGCUAAAUGUACGUCUGUUGCGUCCCAGCUCAGUGACGUUGCACCAGGACGCCUUCGGCCAGGUCGCCGACUCUUUACUAAGAUGCUGGAGUUCUCUGACUCCGGGAUGCCCUAUACCACACCUUGAGCGAGAUCUCUACCGCUGGAAUAUUGAGUCUCUUGGCGUAAUGGUGUUUGGAAGCAGGUUGGGAUUUCUUAGUGAGGACUCUGAGAGCUCCAACACCAACAGUAGCAGGAACAAGGAGGAGAUGGAGAGGUUCAUCGAGGCCAUACAUGGGAUCUUCAAAGAGACGUGUGCCAUGGGUACCUUCCCACCUGCGUUGGCAAAGGCACUUCGCCUCCCUAUUUGGAAUCGCUUCGCUGAUGCCGUUGAUCGUGCCCUGGGUGCUGGUCAGCAGCUGGUGCUGGAGGGGCUGAAGGCGUCCCGGGAGAGGCAGGAGCGUGGGCAAGCACCCGUGGCACUCCUGGACCACCUCCUGCAAGAAGACGGUCUUCAAGACGUCACUAUCAUUCGUCUCCUUACAGACCUCUUCCUCGCUGCCGCAGACACGACGUCCCACACGGCCAUCUGGUCCUUAUACCUGCUUGGACGUCACCCAAAGGAGGCCGAGCGGGCCCGGCGGGAGGUAUUAACUGCUACGGGAGGCUCGCGAGAGGUGAAAGGGAACCAUUUAUCUUCCCUGCCUUACCUGAAGGGUGUGGUGAAGGAGGCACUAAGGAUGUAUCCCGUGGCACCCUUCCAGACCCGGGUACUGGGAUGUGAUACACAGCUGGCAGGAUACCUGGUUAAGGCCGGGACGAUGGUGGUGCUGUCAGUGUAUACAACAGGGCGUGACCCAGCACACUUCACCAACCCUCACCAGUUCUGCCCCGAGCGCUGGCUCAGGGAUGCCCCCGAGGUCACUACUACAAAUACCUGUCCCAUUAAUAGUGAGGCCAAGUCCUGCACCUCGCCUUCAGGUUCCAUCUCCACCACCAGCAGCGCUCCCAUCGGGCGCCUUCAUUCUCAUGCCUUCAUUCCCUUCGGAGUGGGUAGCCGCUCGUGCAUAGGACGUCGUGUGGCGGAAACGCAGCUGCACCUUCUCUUGGCGAAACUGUUGGCGGCCUCAGACCUGCGCGCAGUCAAUCAGGUGGAUAUGGUGAUGCGCAUGGUGGGUGUGACGUCUGAACCUCUUCAGCUCCUAGUUACACCAUUAAGUGAUGAAGCUUCAGAAUGAAGUAGCUACCCGCUGAAGCCUAGAAAAUAUUAACUGUCUCUGUCUAGACCUAUAUCGAUUUUGUUGGGUUGACCUAUAUGUAUAUAUGAGAUUUUGAAUGAGUGAGAGUAUAUUAACUAGAUAAAAUGGAAAUUUAUUUUAGCUGUUUCAUAACGUAGAAGAGAACAGAAAGAGUAACUCAAGCCAGUUUUAAUAAGAUUAUUCAUUAAUAAAUGGGCAUUGUCUGCAUAGUAUUUUUUUUAAUAAGUUAGGGUACACCAUCUUUGUAGGUUGCUUUAAUUUGUACAAGAUGUUACAAUUAAUCAAAAGCUAGCAGCGACGUUUCGCUGGAUGGUUUUCAUACGUUGGAUUGUCGAUUCGAAUCUACUAGUCUGCACAAAAUAAUUGCUAAAUUCUUAUAUACAUAAGAACUGGACGGUUGAUAAUAUAUUAUUAAGAGUGCGUUCAUGUUCGUUUUCACAGAAUUUAAGGUGAAAUAUUCACACUUAAGAAAUACUUCGUCUUCAGCUGCCUGCCACGAGUAACUAUAAUCCAAUCUUGACCGAAGAUUGGGCCAGUCGUUGGUCCAAAACAUACUUUAGUCGCCCACUAAGGAUCAUGAUAAAACUCUUAACUAGAGCUAACCGAUAUAAUUAUGGCAUUUACAAUAUCACAAUGUACUGAACGUUGUGUAUUCGGACAGGAUUCAGACCUUAAGAAAUCCUAAUUCCUAAUAUUAAUAUACUUUAUAAUGUUUGAGUGUAAUUUCUCUUCUCUCAGAUCAUAUUACAUUUUGUAGAAAGCUUUUAAAAAUAGAAACAUCAAGUUUAAGUACGUUCUUGAUUAUUACUUACAGAUUAGUUUUUUGUGUGUUUCCAUAAUUGACAAUACUCGUAACUGGAAGGUAACAGUAUGAACGAGGUUUAAAAAAAUACCAUGUUAUGCACAGAAAUUAUUUCAUAUAAUAAUGUUCUUUAUUAUUUUGUUAAAAAAAGGUCUUUUUUUUUUUUACUUAAGACACUAACCUGGAGUCACUGUUUUCGAUUCUCUGAUGUACAGCUCAACUAAUUGUUUAAUCUAGCUAGUAUUUUUUGUACAAAUAUCUCUUGUCACCUUUGUAGGCUACUGUUGUAGUGCGACCAAUCCUUAGUGUAUGAUCAUUAAGUCUUAAGCACUUUCCGUGGAUUAUUAUUGUUUGAUAUAAUCCCCGCUCAAUUCUGCUUUAAUGUCAUCCUCAUUCAGGUCAUGUAGGUUUUUAUUAUACCAUGGUAUAGUCUGUCCCUCAGUGGUUCAGUGAAGGUGACUAUGUCCCUGGAUUUAUUUGAUAUCUGUCAAGAGUUUGUAGCAAAACGUCACCAUCGCAGUCAGCAGCAAGGAGUAAUUAAAGUUUAUUAGGUCUCAUAUUGUGUACAGUUACCUUAAAAACAUAUGGAAUGACAAAGUGUAUAUGGAACUUAAAACAUGUCAUCGAAAAUGUCUCUGAGUCUAUGUCUUCCAUUUGUAGGUUCUCUCAAGUUCGAUAAUUGUGGCCUUCAGGGAGAGAAACCCCGCUUAUGCGUCACACCUUAAUUCGUUAUUUUUCAUACUUAUAAUAAUAAUAAUAUGUUCCAUAUUCCCCCCUCCCCCUUCCCCGCAGAAACUUCAGCUGUUAAAUGUUUAUCUCAGUGUAACUAAUGUAUUUUUGUUUUAGCAUACAAAUUCUAAUACAAAAAUUCUAUUAGUAGGUAUAUAAAACCUACGGGAAUACAAACCAUUGUCUCGUUCAUUGGUAUUAUCUUGACCAAACAAGAACAUAACUGCCAUAAACCCUUUAAUAUCUCCAUCUUCAAGACAAGGAAGGAUUAAAACUCAUCUCAUUUCUUUGGUGCCUUUUAAACCCUAAAAGUUAAUCGCUGACCAUUGCAUAUAUAAAUAAUUUAUCG